AUGUCUGAGAAAGACAUUCACCCAAAUAAAUACAGUAAAUUGCGAAGUAUCUAUAGGUACUACAUCGAUUCGUUUAAUACAUUGUAUCGGCUGAAAAUGGAAAACGAAGAAGAAAUUAACUCAUUUUACAAAAUGAUCAAAACAGAAAUGAUUGAUUCAAAGAAAUGUCUUCCCCAAGAUAUAACCCGGGAUAUUUUAAAUAUCAUUCCGUAUAAUAAUCGCUAUGCGAAGGCAUAUUUAUAUCUUGCAAAACUCAUAUCUGAUGAUUAUCAUGUCAAAGAGCUCGUCGAUGUUGUUACUAUUUCAGAUUUCUUGUUUUACAAAGAAUAUGGAAUUAAAUUAGAAAAGUCUCAUAAUUUCGAAAAAAUUAAAUCAGAAAAUCUGGAAAUUCAUACAGAAAAUACGAUUUACAGAGCAAUUAUGUAUAAUGAUUUAAAAAGAUUCAUCUCAUUCACUGAAAGAGAUGACUUCGAUAAAAAUCAAAUACUCAAAAGCGAUUUAUAUCCAAAAUGUGAAAAAGGAUUUUCAUUACUUGAAUUAUGUUGUUACCACGGAGCGGUUGAUUGUUUCAAGUUAUUAAGAACGAAAUUUAACUCAGAAAUAACUCAAAAAUGCCUCAGAUUUUCAUUUUUAGGCGAAAAUCCAGAGAUCAUGAGUGAAUGUUUGAAACAUCUACAGCCAGAUGAAAAAUGCAUGAAGUAUGCAAUCAUUUCACACAACAUUGAUUUUGUUUCUUUCUUAAUGAAUGAACACAAUAUAGAAAUAGAUCCAUGUUUUUGCGGAUUUCAUAAAAAUCUUGAUGCAUUUUUGGUUUAUUUCGAUCAAACUAAUGAUUAUAACAUAUGUUUUGUUUAUUCAGUGAUAUUUAAUAUUGUAUCCCUUUUCAAAUAUUUCUUAUCACUUGGAGCAAACAUCAAUGAAAAAACUGAAUCUGGGAAAACUGCUCUUCAUUAUGCAGCAUGUCUCAAUAGCAAAGAAACAGCCGAAAUUCUAAUUUCGGAUGGUGCAAAUGUUGAUGAAAAAGAUAAUGAUGGAGAAACCUCUCUUCAUUAUGCAGCAUAUAUCAAUAGUAAAGAAACAGCCAAACUUCUAAUUUCACAUGGUACAAAUGUUGAUGAAAAAAAUAAUGAUGGAAAAACUGCUCUUCAUUAUGCAGCAAUAAAUAAUAGCAAAGAAACGACCGAACUUCUUAUUUCUCAUGGUGCAAAUGUUGAUGAAAAAAAUAAUGAUGGAAAAACCUCUCUUCAUGCUGCAGCAAUAAAUAAUAGCAAAGAAACGACCGAGCUUCUUAUUUCUCACGGUGCAAAUGUCGAUGAAAAAGAUAAUGAUGGAGAAACCUCUCUUCAUGCUGCAGCAAUAUAUAAUAGCAAAGAAACAGCCGAACUUCUUAUUUCUCACGGUGCAAAUGUUGAUGAAAAAAAUAAUGAUGGAGAAACCUCUCUUCAUGCUGCAGCAAUAAAUAAUAGCAAAGAAACAGCCGAACUUCUUAUUUCUCAUGGUGCAAAUGUUGAUGAAAAAAAUAAUGAUGGAAAAACCUCUCUUCAUGCUGCAGCAAUAAAUAAUAGCAAAGAAACGACCGAGCUUCUUAUUUCUCACGGUGCAAAUGUCGAUGAAAAAGAUAAUGAUGGAGAAACCUCUCUUCAUUAUGCAGCAUAUAUCAAUAGCAAAGAAACAGCCAAACUUCUAAUUUCACAUGGUACAAAUGUUGAUGAAAAAAAUAAUGAUGGAAAAACUGCUCUUCAUUAUGCAGCAAUAAAUAAUAGCAAAGAAACAGCCGAACUUCUUAUUUCUCAUGGUGCAAAUGUUGAUGAAAAAAAUAAUGAUGGAGAAACCUCUCUUCAUGCUGCAGCAAUAAAUAAUAGCAAAGAAACGACCGAACUUCUUAUUUCUCAUGGUGCAAAUGUUGAUGAAAAAAAUAAUGAUGGACAAACCUCUCUUCAUGCUGCAGCAAUAAAUAAUAGCAAAGAAACGACCGAGCUUCUUAUUUCUCACGGUGCAAAUGUUGAUGAAAAAGAUAAUGAUGGAAAAACUGCUCUUCAUUAUGCAGCAAUAUAUAAUAGCAAAGAAACAGCCGAACUUCUUAUUUCUCACGGUGCAAAUGUUGAUGAAAAAGAUAAUGAUGGAAAAACUGCUCUUCAUGCUGCAGCAAUAAAUAAUAGCUUAGAAACAGCCGAACUUCUUAUUUCUCAUGGUGCAAAUGUUGAUGAAAAAAAUAAUGAUGGAGAAACCUCUCUUCAUGCUGCAGCAAUAAAUAAUAGCAAAGAAACAGCCGAACUUCUUAUUUCUCAUGGUGCAAAUGUUGAUGAAAAAAAUAAUGAUGGAAAAACCUCUCUUCAUGCUGCAGCAAUAAAUAAUAGCAAAGAAACGACCGAGCUUCUUAUUUCUCACGGUGCAAAUGUCGAUGAAAAAGAUAAUGAUGGAGAAACCUCUCUUCAUUAUGCAGCAUAUAUCAAUAGCAAAGAAACAGCCAAACUUCUAAUUUCACAUGGUACAAAUGUUGAUGAAAAAAAUAAUGAUGGAAAAACUGCUCUUCAUUAUGCAGCAAUAAAUAAUAGCAAAGAAACAGCCGAACUUCUUAUUUCUCAUGGUGCAAAUGUUGAUGAAAAAAAUAAUGAUGGAAAAACCUCUCUUCAUGCUGCAGCAAUAAAUAAUAGCAAAGAAACAGCCGAACUUCUUAUUUCUCAUGGUGCAAAUGUUGAUGAAAAAGAUAAUGAUGGACAAACCUCUCUUCAUGCUGCAGCAUAUAUCAAUAGCAAAGAAACGACCGAGCUUCUUAUUUCUCACGGUGCAAAUGUUGAUGAAAAAGAUAAUGAUGGAAAAACUGCUCUUCAUUAUGCAGCAAUAUAUAAUAGCAAAGAAACAGCCGAACUUCUUAUUUCUCACGGUGCAAAUGUUGAUGAAAAAGAUAAUGAUGGAAAAACUGCUCUUCAUGCUGCAGCAAUAAAUAAUAGCUUAGAAACAGCCGAACUUCUUAUUUCUCAUGGUGCAAAUGUCAAUGAAAAAGAUAAUGAUGGACAAACCUCUCUUCAUUAUGCAGCAAUAAAUAAUAGCAAAGAAACAGCCGAACUUCUUAUUUCACACGGUGCAAAUAUCGAUGUAAAAGAUAAUCUUGGAAAAACCGCUCUUCAUUAUGCAGCAAGAAAAAAUAGAAAAAAAACGGCCGAACUUCUUAUUUCUCACGGUGCAAAUGUUGAUGAAAAAGAUAAUGAUGGAAAAACUGCUCUUCAUGCUGCAGCAAUAAAUAAUAGCUUAGAAACAGCCGAACUUCUUAUUUCUCAUGGUGCAAAUGUUGAUGAAAAAAAUAAUGAUGGAGAAACC